GCCGAGCCCUGGUCCGACUCAGAGCCGGCCGACAGCGAGGCGGGCGGCUCCUGCGAGCAGCUGGACCACGUGCGCGCCGCGCUCUACUUCGCCAACCCGCUGCGGCCGCGCUCGGGGCUCAGCCGCUCGGCCGAUCACCUGCCCGUGCCGCGCCCCCGCACGCGGCUGUCGGAGGUGUCGUCGACUCAGAUGAAGGAGGCGCCGCCGGUGCCGCACAUCCUAGACACGCCGCAGCGCUGCCUCUGGGACGGCUGGGGCGAGUACGUGCACCGCGGCAGGAAGUACUACUACAACGUGGACACGCAGAACAGCACGUGGAAGCCGCCGCGACGCAACGUCAAGUCGACGAGCGUGAGCCCGGAGAAGUAUGGCGAGCGGGAGGAGCCGGCGACGCCCGUGUUGGAGGUGGACGUGCCGCUGGUGCCGCUGCCGUCCGGCUGGCGGCGCCGCGUCGACUCCAGCGGCGAGCUCUGCUACGUGCGCGACACGUCACCCACCCGGUGGUACAGCAAUCAGAACGAGGACGGGCAUGUGUAUUUUUUCGAGGAGGGCGGUACGUCCUCUUACUGGGCCCUGCCGUCUGUCGACGAUGGAACUAGUCAGAAUGCCAAAGACAAGGAGGCGACGGCGCGGCUGGGCGGGCCGGCGCCGCCGCCGCUGCCCAUCCCGCCGUACGUGCGCCAGGCGGGCCGCAGCCAGCGGGGCCGCUCGCUGCUGGUGCCGCCGGCGCCCGGCGCCGGCCGACCCCGCGUGUUCGCCGGCGAUCAGACGCACACCAUCCUGCAUCAGGGCACGCUGAACCGGACCAAGGUGGCCACAGAGACGUCCCGGCGGGUGCGCAAGAACUGGGCGCCCUGCCACGUGGUGCUCACGGACCGCUACCUGCUGCUCUUCAAGGACGUCAAGGGCGCCGCCGGCAUGUGGGGCUCGGCCCGGUCACAGUCCAGAGACGGUCGGUGGACCUGGCCGGCGCGCUCGUCUCCUGGCGACCCGACCGCCUCCUCGCGCAAGAACGUGUUCGAGGUGUGCACCGUGCACGGCCUCCAGCUGCUGCUGCAGGAGGAGAACUCGACCACGGCUGGCGUCUGGUAUGGUGCCAUCCGGGACGCCAUCGCGCGCAUGCCGCAGGGUCUGGACCACCUGCUGGCGCCGGAGCGGCCGGCGCCGCGUGAGGAGCUCCGGCUGACGCGCACCCGCUCCGCUCGCUUCAACGGCGCCGUGAGCGGCAGCCAGGAGGACCUUUCUAGGGACAGUAGCACGAUCCGCGAUCGGCUGCGCCGGUUUUUCCGCGCGCGCCCGCCGGCCGACGCGCUGGUCAGCCGCGGCAUACUGAAAGACGAGUCGGUGUUCGGCGGCCACCUGGCGGCGCUCUGCGAGGCCGAGGGCAGCACGGUGCCGCGCUUCGUGCGCGAGUGCGUGUCGGCCAUCGAGGCCAAGCCGGAGUACAUGAAGAUGGACGGCGUGUACCGGGCAUCGGGCAACCUGAGCCAGGUGCAGCGUCUGCGCUGCGAGGUGGACCAGGACAACUACCAGGUGCUCUGGGACGAGGAGGACGUGCACGUGCUGACGGGCGCUCUCAAGCUGUUCUUCCGCGAGCUGAAAGAACCGCUGGUGCCGUUCGAGCUGCUGCCGGAGGCGCUGCGGGCGGCCGGGCUGCCGGCGCGCGCCGAGCAGGUGUCGGCCUUCCGCUCGCUGGUGGUCGACCUGCCGGCCUGCAACCGGGACACGCUGCGGGCCGUGCUGGGCCACCUGAGCAGGGUGACUGAGCUGCAGGACUUUAACCGCAUGCACGCGCACAACCUGGCGAUGGUGUUCGGGCCGACGCUGAUGUGGCCCGAGCAAGACUCGCCAGACCUGGCGCUUGAUCUGAUGAAGCAGAACCGCGUGGUCGAGGCGCUGCUGGAGAACAUGUCGGCCGUGUUUGGGGCCCCGUGAUCCGCCGGCGCCGCCGCCGCCGCUGACCGGGCCCGGUGGAACGGGACCGCUGCGCUCGGCUCCGCUCAGCCGGCGCUGACGUCAUGGGAGCUGGUGACAAGCGAUGCGGCUGGAGCACCGGCGGCGGCGUGCUGCUCUGGACGCGUCCGUACCGCAGCAGUGAGGCUGCGGAAGAGAAGAGGGGAGGCGUCGGCUGGGGCGAGGCUGUCCCG